GUCAAGCUCUACGUAUCCAAUAAAGAUGAGAGAGCCAUCUAUGCGGCACUGAGUCACUGCUGGGGCGCAUCCCAACAUCUCACAACGGAGAAUAAGAUAGUGGGGAGAAGGGUACAAGAUCUUCAGGAGGGAAUCUGCUUUGGGACCCUGCCCUUGACGUACAGACACGCCGUUAUGGUGGCGCGGCAACUGGGGAUCAGAUUUCUGUGGAUCGACUCGCUUUGCAUCGUCCAGGAUGAUGCGGACGACUGGGCUCGUGAAGGGGCAGUCAUGGGGCGUAUAUAUCAGCAGUCAUACAUCACCAUCGCUGCUACAGCAGGAACUGACGGUACGGCUGGGCUUUUCUGGAAAAACAAGUCCGCUGCGGUUGGGGACCGCAUCAAGGCCACUGGCGCGGGCGGCGGCCCGACGCCGCUCAUUACGCGCGGAUGGGUGUUCCAGGAGCGCGCUCUAUCUCCUCGAGUAGUGCACUUCUGCGCAGCCGAGCUGGUCUGGGAAUGCGGCGAGCUGCUGGCGUGCGAGUGUGGGGGCGCGCAGAACGACGACUCGAUGCUCGGCACCCACCCCGCCCUCAAGCGGCGUCGCUGGCGUGAUAUGGUCGGGGAAUACGCCAGGCUUGGUCUCACGUAUGAAACCGAUCGGUUGCCAGCGCUUGCAGGUAUUGCGAGUGAGCUAUUCGCGGACGUGGACCGGCAGAGAUACUUGGCGGGUCUAUGGGAGGAUACACUGCAUCUCGACCUGCAGUGGGUGAUUUCGAAGCCACAGGAGACGCUUCCUGCCUCACACAACCUAAGCAGCGGUGAAAGCAAAGACUUCGUUGCACCGUCUUGGUCUUGGGCGUCG